CCAGGGGGCGCAGCUCCACCUGGUCCUGGAGCGCGGCGCCGAGGACCACCGUCCCUUCUCCCGUUUCCCCCUUCCCGCUUCCGUCCUCCUCCCCCGCGCCAGGGGGCGCCGCUCGGCAUAGGGCCCCACUGAGGUCCUGUGAGUGCUGGGAACUGGCCCGGAGACCCCCACGCCCGGCACCCACACUGCCUCUUGACCGCCGCGAGCUCUGGAGGGGCUCUGCUUGAGGUUUCUCCAGAACAUCCUGUGUGCUGGAGGGACCCUCCCACCUCGGAGGUUCUCCCGGGACCCCCGCUCUGCCAUGAGGGGCAGCCCCGAGCGCCAGGCGUCCUGAGUCCCGCUGCGCCCCCGGCCCAGCAGCCUAGAUCCCACUCCCACUCUGCACCCUGGCUGGCUUCCUAGCCGGGACUGCGCACCUGCGCCCUGGGGCGGAGACCUUACUCCUACCCUAGCUUGCUUCACUGCACGGCGGUGGGGCGGGUCAGCCGGCCGAGCCUGGCCCGGCCUCCUCCCCCUCUUCAUCCCUGACACCUGGUGGAGCCCGCACCGAGAGGCUCCUUCAGUUCCCAUCUGUUCCCCCAGAAAGGGCUGGGGCUCAGACGGGAGCCAGAGCGGUAGAUGGGGCUAGAAUAGGUCUGGUGGCCAGGGGAGGCAGAGGUAUUUGGGGAAAUGGGUGCUGGUGGGUGUUGAGGGCUGUCAGCCUCAGGGUGGAGGAUGGUCCCCAGGGUGAGAAGCGUGAGAAGCUCCGACCUGUGUGUUUGUUUAGCCCAGUUUCUGCCAGGCCCUGACCAACCUGGAGGAGAGAGAAUAGCACGGACUCCCCCUCCCCCCGGCCCCUCAGGCCGGGGGUGACCUUGCCCCCACUGGAGCCCUCACCAUGAAUACCAAGGACACCACUGAGGUUGCUGAGAACAGCCACCACCUGAAGAUCUUCCUCCCCAAGAAGCUGCUGGAGUGUCUUCCUCGGUGCCCACUACUGCCUCCAGAGCGACUCCGGUGGAAUACAAAUGAGGAGAUUGCAUCCUACCUGAUCACAUUUGAGAAGCAUGAUGAGUGGCUAUCUUGUGCCCCAAAGACAAGGCCUCAGAAUGGCUCCAUUAUCCUCUACAACCGCAAGAAGGUGAAAUACCGGAAGGAUGGUUACCUCUGGAAGAAGCGAAAGGAUGGGAAGACCACCCGAGAGGACCACAUGAAGCUGAAGGUCCAGGGCAUGGAGCCUGUCUCCUGGCAGUGUCUCUAUGGCUGCUACGUUCACUCUUCCAUCGUCCCCACAUUCCAUCGGCGCUGCUACUGGCUGCUCCAGAACCCUGACAUCGUCCUUGUGCACUACCUGAACGUCCCAGCUCUGGAGGAUUGUGGAAAGGGCUGCAGCCCCAUCUUUUGUUCCAUCAGCAGCGAUCGGCGAGAGUGGCUGAAGUGGUCCCGGGAGGAGCUGUUGGGACAGCUAAAGCCCAUGUUUCAUGGCAUCAAGUGGAGCUGUGGGAAUGGGACAGAGGAGUUCUCCGUGGAACAGCUGGUGCAACAGAUCUUGGACACCCACCCAACCAAACCUGCACCCCGAACCCAUGCCUGUCUUUGCAGUGGGGGUCUUGGUUCCGGGAGCCUUACCCACAAAUGUAGCAGCACGAAACACCGCAUCAUCUCUCCCAAAGUGGAGCCCCGAGCUUUGACCCUCACCUCCAUACCCCACCCCCCAGAGCCGCCUCCACUGAUAGCCCCACUUCCCCCAGAGCUCCCCAAGGCACACACCUCCCCAUCUUCUUCUUCCUCCUCCUCAUCCUCAUCAGGCUUUGCGGAACCUCUAGAAGUUAGACCUAGCCCUCCUACCUCGCGAGGGGGCUCCUCAAGAGGAGGCACUGCUAUCCUUCUCCUGACGAGAUUAGAACAGCGUACCAGUGGCUUGACACCCACCAGGCAUUUGGCUCCCCAGGCUGACCCUAGGCCUUCUGUGAGCUUGGCUGUGGUCGUUGGCUCUGAGCCCUCUGCCCCACCAGCUCCUCCCAGCCCUGCUUUUGACCCUGAUCGCUUUCUUAACAACCCCCAAAGGGGCCAGACAUAUGGAGGGGGCCAAGGGGUGAAUCCAGACUUCCCUGAGGCAGAGGCUGCCCAUACCCCCUGUCCUGCUCUAGAGCCUGCUGCUGCACUGGAGCCACAGGUGUCAGCUCGGUGUCCCCCUCCCCAGUCAGGAGCAUCUGGAAGAGGAAACUGCUUUUUCAUCCAAGAUGAUGAUGAUGGGGAGGAGCUUAAGGGCCAGGGAGCUGUCCCACCUGUCCCUUCACCCCCUCCUUCAACCCCAUCCUCACCUGUCCCCUUGGAGCCAUCAGGCAGGAUAGCAAGAGGGGAGAACUUGUUUGGUGGACCUGGUGGGGCCAGUGAACUGGAGCCCUUCAGUCUUUCAUCAUUCCCAGACCUUAUGGGAGAACUAAUCAGUGACGAAGCUCCAAGCAUCCCUGCUCCAACCCCCCAGCUCUCUCCUGCUCUAAGCACCAUCACAGACUUCUCCCCAGAGUGGUCCUACCCAGAGGGUGGGGUCAAGGUGCUCAUCACAGGUCCGUGGACGGAGACCACCGAGCAUUACUCCUGUGUCUUUGAUCAUAUCGCAGUGCCAGCCUCGCUUGUCCAGCCUGGUGUUUUACGCUGCUACUGUCCUGCCCACGAGGUAGGGCUGGUGUCUUUACAGGUGGCAGGACGGGAAGGACCCCUUUCUGCUUCUGUGCUCUUUGAGUAUCGAGCCCGCCGAUUCCUGUCUCUGCCUAGUACCCAGCUGGACUGGUUGUCACUGGAUGACAACCAGUUCCGGAUGUCCAUCCUGGAGCGUCUGGAGCAGAUGGAGAAGCGGAUGGCAGAAAUUGCAGCAGCAGGGCAGGCCCCUUGCCAGCGUCCUGAGGCACAUGCUAUUCAGGAUGAAGGCCAGGGACCUGGGUUCGAGGCACGUGUGGUAGUCUUGGUAGAAAGCAUGAUCCCACGCGCCACCUGGAGGAGUCCUGAACGACUGACCCAUGGAAGCCCCUUCCGGGGCAUGAGCCUUCUGCAUCUGGCUGCUGCCCAGGGCUAUGCGCGCCUCAUCGAGACCCUGAGCCAGUGGCGGAGUGUGGAGACUGGAAGCCUGGAUUUAGAACAAGAGGUUGACCCGCUCAACGUGGAUCAUUUCUCUUGCACUCCUCUGAUGUGGGCCUGUGCCCUGGGACACCUGGAAGCUGCUGUGCUCCUUUUCCGUUGGAAUCAACAGGCACUGAGCAUUCCUGAUUCUCUGGGCCGUCUACCCCUGUCUGUUGCCCAUUCCAGGGGUCAUGUGCGCCUUGCCCGCUGCCUGGAAGAACUACAGAGACAAGAGGCUUCAGUUGAACCUCCACUUGCCCUGUCACCCCCCUCUUCUAGCCCAGACACUGGUCUGAGCAGUGUUUCUUCUCCUUCAGAGCUGUCAGAUGCCACUUUCUCUGUUACAUCAGCCUACUCUAGUGUCCUAGAUGGCAGUCCUCCUCCUGGUCCUCUGCCAGCCUCUGAGAUUACUAUGGAGGAGAUGGUCCCAGGCCAGCUCUCCUCCAGUAUACCAGAGACCCCCUUGCUCCUCAUGGACUUUGAAGCCACCAACUCCAAAGGGCCCCCACCCUCUCCUCCUGCCCUCCCACCAGCCCCAGAUGAUGGGGCUGCUCCAGAAGACACCGACAGCCCACAGACUGUGGAUGUGAUCCCGGUGGACAUGAUCUCACUGGCUAAGCAGAUCAUUGAAGCCACUCCAGAACGGAUCAAACAAGAAGACUUCGUAGGGCUACCUGAGGCUGGAGCCUCAAUGCGGGAGCGGAAAGGGGCCGUGGGGCUCAGUGAGACCAUGUCCUGGCUGGCCAGCUACCUGGAGAAUGUGGACCAUUUUCCUAGUUCUGUCCCUCCCAGUGAACUGCCCUUUGAGCGAGGUCGCCUGGCUGUCCCUCCAGCACCUUCCUGGGCGGAGUUUCUCUCUGCAUCUACCAGUGGCAAGAUGGAAAGUGACUUUGCCCUGCUGACACUGUCUGAUCACGAACAGCGGGAACUGUAUGAGGCAGCCCGAGUCAUCCAGACAGCCUUCCGAAAGUACAAGGGCCGGCGGCUGAAGGAGCAGCAGGAAGUAGCAGCAGCUGUGAUCCAACGCUGUUACCGGAAGUACAAGCAGCUGACCUGGAUUGCACUAAAGUUUGCCCUCUAUAAAAAGAUGACCCAGGCGGCCAUCCUGAUCCAGAGCAAGUUCCGCAGCUACUAUGAACAGAAGAGAUUUCAGCAGAGCCGCCGGGCUGCUGUCCUCAUCCAGCAGCACUACCGCUCCUACCGCCGCCGCCCCGGCCCUCCCCACAGGCCCUCAGGGUCACUGCCUGCUCGCAACAAAGGCUCCUUUCUCACUAAGAAGCAGGACCAGGCAGCCAGGAAGAUCAUGAGAUUCCUGCGGCGCUGCCGACACAGGAUGAGGGAACUGAAGCAGAACCAGGAGCUGGAAGGGCUUCCUCAGCCAGGAUUGGCCACCUGACCAGUCUGCCACCCUUACCACCCCGGGGCCCUUCCUGCAGUCUUAACAGGGAGAGUGAUGUCUGGGGCAGGGGGAGCCCCCUGUCGG